AUGACAACCCUCCCAACCCGCACGGUCGCCAACGUCUGCAUCCCAGAUACGCCCCUCAUCAGCGCGGCCGCGGCCUUUGCGCAAAAGCACAACAGCCCCGCGACCUACAACCACGUGCAACGCUCCUUACUCCUAGGCUUCAUCAUCGCCGACCAGCUCUUCCCCAGCCGCGACCGCGAAGCCCACGCCGUCGCCGCCCUGCUGCACGACCUCGGCUUCCCGCUUGGUCAUUCUUUUUCCAGCACCAUCAUCAGCAAAGACAAGCGCUUCGAAGUCGACGGCGCCAACGCGGCGCGGGAGUUCCUGAGACGCGAGGGCAAGGCGGGCGAGUGGGAUCGGCAUCGCGUGCAACUGGUGUGGGACGCGAUCGCGCUGCAUACGAUCGGGAGUAUCGUGUUUGAGAAGGAGGAGGAGGUGCGGAGCUGCGCGUAUGGGAUUUGGGCGGAUUUUCAGGGGCCGGAUCGCGUGGUGGGGGGAUUGUUGAGUUGGGAGGCGUAUGGUGCUGUCGUCAAGGACAACAUGUGCCAUCUGUGCGUGACCAAGCCGGACACGACCAUCGACAACACGGUGGGCGAGUGGGGGGAGAAAUUCGUCGAGGGAUAUAGUCGCGUGGGCAAGCGGGCGUCGGAUAUGCUGCAGACUUGUGAUUUGGAUGACAUUGAGCUGAAAUGA